AUGCUGGGACACGAGCAUUACUUGCACGUAAUAAUCCAGAAUAUUGAUAGGAUUGGAGUUGGGUUUUAUAAAAACAUUUAUUAUUUUAGCUAAUUGCCGUUGACGAGAACUCUGGUGAAAUCAAGACGAUCAGGCCGUUGGAUCAUGAACAAGAGACUGAGUUGGCUGUUUUAUGUAUUCCCAAUGACGGAUCCCCAUCCAGAAAAGUCAUUGUUCAGGUCUUGGAUGAAAACGACAACACCCCAAAAUUCAUUGUUAAUCAUGUAGAAGUAAGAAAGUAGCAUCCCGAUCAUUCCCUUUCAGAUUGAGGUUCCUGAAUAUUCUCAAAUUGGAUCGGCCUUUUCUUUGCCAUAUGCCGAAGAUCCAGACCAUUUCCCAAAUAAUAUUCAGAAAUACAGAAUCGUGGCUGGAAAUGUGAAUAAUGUUUUUCGCUUAAAAGAGAAGACCGUCAAUCAAAAAAUUUACAUUGAUCUUGUCGUGAAUGGACCACUGGACCGAGAGUACAGGGCUCAAUACGAUAUUCUUUUAGAGGCUGUCGAUGGGGGAUCCCCUCCAAGGUAACCUCUUUCACAUUUGUUUAUGCUAAUUGUGUUUAGAAUUGGGAAUAUGUCGGUACGGGCUCAUAUUCUGGAUGUUAAUGACAAUGCUCCACAAUUUGAUCAGACAAGUUACAAUGUUAAGAUCCCGGCCAACGUUUCUUUGGGCUACCCCGUGAUUACAAUAAAAGCAAAGGAUGCUGAUGAAGGCGAUAAUGCUAGAAUAUCGUAUCAACUUUUGAAUGUAAGUCAAGAAUCACAUUCAACCGGCUUCAAUCUUGAUUUUAAGGCCGAUUUUAAAGGGAAAAUCUACUUCCGAAUAGAUUCUGAUACUGGGAUGAUCACGACUACAUCUUCUCCCCUGCCACCGGAUCAUGUUUUUUCUUUGACAAUAACAGCGUUUGACCACGGAAUACCCCAAUCGCUUGAGUCAUCAGUUCAUCUUUCAGUGGUUACUGUAGAUGUUAACCCUUCCCACAAUGUUGUUCAUAUUGAAUGGUUGACCGAAGAUGGUCGGCCUCUUCUGAUAGAAAAUUUGACGAUCGGAUAUGUUAUUGCUCGCGUAUCCAUCCACGAUGUACCAUCAGGAUUUCAGUUAUCCCUAACUGGAACUGAGGUCUUAUGUUUGAAACAGACCGAUCUCGCUCAAGUAUACUUGAUGAUUUUGUGUGGCAAAUUGGAUCGAGAGAAAGUUGAGGAAUACAAUAUCCAUCUCGUAAUAACCUCUGAUAAUGGGAAGAUCAUCUUUGAACAUCCUGUUCACAUCGAAGUCGGGGAUAUCAACGACAAUCCACCAGAAUGGCCAGAGGCUCCUUAUCGGUUCGUGUUUAACCGGAGUAGUGAGGCUGGGCAACAAGCGUCCAGGAGAUUAAUAGCGAAGGACAAAGAUACUGGCAUUAAUUCCGUCUUGCACUACUCAUUAGAGGGAACUGAGUUAUUUCGGAUUCAUCCUGAAAACGGUGUUUUAUCCACAACGGGUCCGGUAAGUUGCACGCGAACAUUGAAGAUUUUUAUUUCAGAUAAAUUGUUCGCUGGGAAACCACGUCCGUUUCCGCGUUGUGGCAUCUGACUCCGGUCAUCCUCAACUUUCAACCAGCACUGACAUUCUUGUGGACAUUGCGGACAUUGACGCGCAGCCUCCCUUUUUCGAGAAGACUCUCUUCGAGGUGUCAGUGCGAGAAGACAUUGAUGUCGGGACUUGUGUCGUGAAGGUCAGUUUCGGGGGAAUAAACCCCUGGGGGGCAGGGGAUAAAAUACAUGAGUCAUGGAUAGUAUAA